GCCGCCAACUUCUACCGCACCAUCGGGUACAAGUAUCACCCCAUCGCGCUGGCCGAGACCCACGUGGACGCGGACGGUGUCCACGAACAGAUUGGGAAGCUCGCCAUGGACGGCUGGAAGCUGGCCACUACGCCAGCGCUCCCGAACUACAAAUCCGAGAAAGGAACCUACGGUGGCGAGCGGAUUCUCACCCGACAUAAGAUCGCAGCCGCUACCUUCGAGGGGUGCAGGGAGCACUACCUCAAGCGACACAACCAGCAGCCGCUCGUGGGCUCUACGCCGCCGGUCCUCCAUGCCAAGAGCGGCCACGUCGUGGUCGCAUCGGCUUACCUCCGACCUGGGCUCCGCGAUCAGGGCGCCAACAGGCCGUGGCCCACCAGUUGGAACGGCACCGUCCUCAGCGACCCAGAGUGCAAGGCCGCGUGCGACAGGGACAAUGGCUCCGUGUACGACUGUGCGAUCGUGCGCGCGGACUUGGCCACGCGCCUGGACAUCCAGGCGGUGUACGACGUGCCCUGGAAUACCCACUGCGGCAUCCAGAUCACGGGGAGCUACGCCGAGUGGUGGGCGCACAAAGCUGUCAAGGAAGACCACACGCCUUUCAUCAUCCCAGAGGCCGAAUGGGAAAAGGCCGCCGACCAGGUGCGGAACUACCCGAGGUUCGAGGGCAACCGCGUCAGCACCAAGGAGGGCAGGGGCCACGUCUUCCACCACCACAAGCAGAAUGCUGCAUUGCAGAUCAACUCAGCGUACACCCAGUGGGUCGCGACCCUGGAAAUAGCCCUCCUGGAGACACACCACGUCCCCGCCGACGAGAUGGAGGUACCAGGGCAGAGCUGA